UGAGUUUGCGUUGAACUGUAAGAAGUCACUGCUGCCACCAAACUGACUGGCGCGCGCACGGUUUGGCACUACGCAAGCCCACCAGCAGUCAACAAUCAGCAGCCAGCAGACCGCCGAGUCAGCAGAAAAAAGUUUGCGAAGCCUGAAAACAAAAGCGUUCAGCGCUGAGCGCCAAGCAACAAAGCCAAGCGGUAAACAAAUAUGCCCAAGCAGCUAUGUUGGUAAGGCUGUACAUGCAUAUGCGUAUGUGUGUGUGGAGCGGUGUGUUGAGCAAUGUAAAUAUGAUACGUUAAUUAAUAAUGCUUUCUGAUUUAUAAGCAGGCAAGCCAAGUAGGAAGCAAAAACUUAGACCAAACAGCUGAGCUGAGAAUUAUUGGCUCAGCCAAGGCAAUAGUGACGCUGUCAGCGCUCUCGCCAGGGAUUUCAAACAAACUAGAAACCAGUUUCACAACGUCGACAAUCGCUCGCGCAAAGCGCGAUGCUGUCGACAAAAAUUAUAAACACAACACUUAAUGCCUAUUAGAGUACACCUCGGCUAAAACUAUAGGCAGAAAAAACAGUCGCAAAAGUCAACCGCAGCGCCAACCUCAACUCCCAAGCGCAUACUAAACUGAGUUUCUUGAAACACACAUACAUGCAUGUGCAUGUACACACAUAUAAAAUAUAGUUGCAGACAUUUAUGUGUUUAUAAAACGUUCAAAGUGCUGAGUAUUUAAUGCUGGUGCGCGUAUUUGUUGUUAGUUUAGUUGUAGGAUUGUUAUACAUUUCAACCCGACAGUUAACCGAUAAGCUCGCGCUUAAAGUCAACAAGAACACACACACACAUACACAAGUGUGGUCUUGUAAGCGCCAAUGUGCCUAUGUAACUACAAGCAAGUCGUCGUUUUUUGUAAAUGAUUUUUAUACUAUUUACACUCUGCUCUUUGGUCGUUGUUGUUUUAGUUUUAGUUGUCACCAUAACAGCUGCAAUUACUUUAGCAAACUCGCGUUUUAUUGCUGAUUUUCAAACUUUUUCUUAGGUUGGAGCCGUAGGUCUCCUAGUUGUAUGCUUGAAUUUUUUUUUCAAAUGUUAAAUGUGUCAGAAUUAAAAGGUUAUACGCAAAUUACACAUGGCGCUUUUUUCAAAAUGUCGAAUAUGGAGUGCAGGGACAUGAAUAAUGAGUACUUGCGCGAGAAGGUUUGCCGCUUGAAAGCAGUUAAACGCGAUACGGUUGAGGCCACCAUUCGCUUUCAAAUUCUAAAAACUGUGGACAAUUGCAAUAUGCACAUUGAACUUCUGCGUAAGUACAAUACCUACCAGCCAUUUUUCAUCAAUCGCACCUUUGAUGUCUGCGAAUUUAUGCGUAACCGUAAAAAUGCUGUGUACUUAGACAUACUCGUCAAAUUGAUCGAGAAGUAUUCGAAUAUGAAUCACUCGUGUCCAUAUGAGGGAGAAUUCAUCCUCGAGCGCUUCAGGCCGUCACAUAAUAAUUUGAUUUUACCCAUUCCCAGCGGUGACUACCUCAUUAAGUUUGGGUUUUAUACCUCGAAUGUUUUGAUGGCCCAUUUAUAUGUAUGGUUUGGAUUCAAAGAAUUGGAAAGAUGGGAAGUUGACAAAAAAGGUGUCUCCCCCAAAAGUUUGAAAACAAAUUUUCUUGUUUAA